AUGCGACUGCUGAAAAAGGACGCGUUUGCUCUUCUCUUGGCCGCGUACCAUCCCUCGCUAGACCUCUUAGGUGUCUCGACCGUCCAUGGCAACGCUAGCCUCGAGCAAACAACGUCCAAUGCGCUGCGCAUCCUCACCGCCAUCGGACGUCCUGACAUUCCUGUGCACCCAGGUGCAGCCAAACCAUUCUGCCGAGCUGCGGUUCACGCGCCAGGCAUUCAUGGCUCGAGUGGAAUAGAUGGGACAGAUCUACUGCCCGAGGCGCAUGUACCAGCUAUUCGGAAGCCAAAUGCCGUCCUUGCAAUGCGCCAUGCAAUCAUGGACCAGCCAGCGGACACGGUCUCUUUGGUGGCAACUGGAGCAUUGACCAAUGUCGCAUUGUUGUUUGCAACAUUUCCCGAGACUGUGAGCCAUGUAAAGGGCCUGAGUAUCAUGGGUGGUGGCAUUGGGGAUGGUUUCACGGAUGCGCAAGGGCUGAGAAAAGGCGGUGGGAAUGAGACUGAUUGGGCAGAGUUCAAUAUAUACUGUGACCCAGAGGCGGCAGGGUCCAUCUUGCCUGAUGAGCUUGUUGCAAAAAAGACGACGCUCAUCCCACUCGAUCUCACACAUCAGGCUAUUGCAACAGAUUCAAUUCGUGAAAAACUCUUGCAUGGCCGACAAUCAGGACCACCCUCUACCUUGCGAACGCUAUUCCAUGAUCUUUUGACCUACUUCGCAAGAACAUAUUCUAACGUCUUCGGUUUGAAAGCUGGACCACCUCUUCAUGAUCCCCUUGCGGUGGCCGUCCUGUUGUCGGAAGAAGAGCUCACAAUUAACGAUGGUGAAGGCGAAAGAUGGCAUGUCGAGGUUGUCACGGACGGUGUGCAUAGCGCAAGAUCUGAAGAACACGGCCAACUUGGAAGGACGAUUGCUUCGUCAGUAUCCGAACGUGGUACAGGAGGCAUCAGAAUACCUCGAAGCUUCGACAAAGCAAGAUUUUGGGAUCUGAUCGACGAUGCGUUGACCGCCGCAGAGGAUCGUUUGUUGGCGCAAUAG